AUGAAAAUUUUAUCGGCAACAGCAGUUUCUUUAGUGACCUUGAAUAGUCUAGUGUUAGGUAGCGUACUGCCGAAUGUCAAGUACGUCAAGAUUCCCUUUGCCAAGAAGCAGGAUGGCCGGGGAAGCGAAUUGGGCAAGAGGGCCCGCGGAGACGAGAACUUCGUGCUGGCCAACAAGCAGAGUUUCUACUCGGUUGAGCUGGCCCUCGGCACGCCCUCGCAGAACGUCACCGUUCUGCUGGACACGGGCUCGGCCGACUUAUGGGUCUCCAGUAACGUAAACCCGUAUUGCGGGUCCACGAUGAAUUGCGACCAGUACGGCGUGUUUGACCAGGCCAACUCGUCCACUUUCAAAGCCAACAACUCCGCGCCCUUCUACGCCUCUUACGGCGAUGGCACUUUUGCCGAAGGUGUGUUUGGUCAGGACAAGCUGCAUUACAGCGGCGGCCUGGACCUCAGCGGCCUGUCGUUUGCCGURGCCAAUAAGUCCAACUCGACCGUCGGCGUGCUGGGCAUCGGCCUGCCCAUGCUAGAAGUGACGUACUCCGGCAAAGUGACCGUCACAGACAAGAAACGCUACGAGUACGACAACUUCCCGCAGUUUCUGAAACGCUCUGGAGCCAUCGAUGCGAUCGCGUAUUCGCUCUUCUUGAAUGAUGAGUCGCAGACCUCCGGUAGUGUGCUGUUUGGCGCAGUCGACCACAGCAAGUACCUCGGCCAGCUGUACACCAUCCCGCUGAUCGACCUCUACAAGGCCCAGGGCUACCAGCGCCCCGUAGCAUUCGACGUCACUUUGCAAGGCCUGGGGCUGCAGACCAGAGCGCACAACACCACGCUCACCACCACCAGGGUCCCCGCGCUGCUCGAUUCCGGUACCACGCUCACCUACCUGCCCGCCGAGGCAGUGUCGCUCAUGGCCAAGAGCCUGAACGCUACGUUUUCCAAGAAAUUGGGCUACUAUGAGUACGAGUGCCCGGCCACGAGUGACAACGCCACUAGCGUGGUCUUCGACCUCGGUGGGUUCCACAUCAACGCGCCUCUGUCAGACUUCACCAUGCAGACUAACGUCGGAACCUGCGUCUUGGCGAUCGUGCCUCAGACAGGCAAUGCAACCGCCAUUCUCGGUGACUCGUUCUUGCGGAGUGCCUACGUGGUCUACGACCUAGAUAACUACGAGGUUUCCCUCGCACAGGCCAACUACGCCUCCGGCAAAGAAGACAUUGAAGUCAUCAGAUCCACCGUUCCGGGCGCUGUAAAGGCCCCCGGCUACAACAGCACGUGGGUCAAGUACGCCUCCGCUACUGCGGGCGGCAACAUCUUCACCACCACCGUACACUCUUACAAUACCACUACGGCGGCACAGUCCAGCAAGUCGACUACGGUGCCGAGCUCCAGCACCAAGCCGGCCCACAAGAGCAUUAUCAACAAGAAGGGUGGUCACGCGGGCGGUCAUGCGUCUGGUCACGGGUCAAGUUCUGGGUCAAGUCACGGGUCAAGUUCUGGAUCAAGCCACGGGUCAAGUUCUGGGUCAAGCCACGGGUCAAGCUCUGGAUCAGGCACUAGGUCAGGUAGUGGUACAAAUGGUGUCGCAGGUGGUGUCGCAGGUGGUGUCGUAGGUGGUACCGUAGGUAGUAGCACAGGCCACCGCAGCCCCUCCAAAUCAGGCACUAGCUCCGCUGCUCUCGUACGUCCCACGUUGCGCCUGCCGCUGCUCGUAUCCCUGUUUCUUCUUACCGUUUUCUAUUCAUAG